AUGAGUGAUUCACUUCCCUCUGAUGAUCCAAAACUUUCAGUGUUUGAAGUGCCCGAUGCUUUUGGAAUUGUUGAAGAGGGUAUCUAUCGGAGCUCAAUUCCAAAACAUGAAAAACAAUUUCAAUUCAUCAAGACACUCCGAUUAAAAACCAUGCUCUUUCUAUCUCAGGAAAUAAUUUUGAAAUCAUUUUUAACGUUUCUGGAGGAAGAACAAAUUGAAAUCAUUGAACUCGGAUUGCUCAUUUCGCAUCGUAUAUUGAGUGGAGGAGUAAAGAAUCAAGUCAUGGCGAAUGGAUCAUCUCAAGUGAAACCGAGAACGCCUGUUUCUGCAUCAACACCACCACCUCAGAGCUCAUUACCCAAUUUCCAACUUGCAACAAGUGUCAAUUCUUCUACCAACACCAAUACUACUCAAAUUUCUUCCUCGUCUUCCGCGUCAGCUCUCAAUACUCCAUCUGCAACAACCACGCCCUCUUCUAGCACUUCCUCCAAUUCAACAUCAAGCCACUUGAAUCCUUCGAAAUCGUCAUCCACACUCCAACAUGUCCCACCUGUAUUACAAAUCAAGAACAACAUGUCACUCAAUCUCUUGAAUACCUCCCUCUCAAAAUCCCUCUAUUCCGAUGAAAUUUAUAAUACAAAGCAUUGUACAGAUGAGCUGAUCAAAGAAGCUCUUGAAAUUUUAAUGAAUAAGAAAUAUCAUCCAAUAAUGGUGGUAUGUUCGAGCGGUAUUCAUCUCACAGGAACACUUAUUGGAUGCAUGAGAAAAUUACAAGAUUGGUCUCUGACCUCAAUUUUCACAGAAUAUGAAUGUUUUGCUGGAAAUAAUGCUCGUCACAUUGAUCAACAGUUUAUUGAAAUGUUUGACACGGAUUUAACAACGUUACCAACUGAAGAAUCCGGAAAUCUGCCACAAUGGUUCAUUGAGCAUAAACAAAUGAAACAACAAGAGGAGCGAGAAUAUGAAGAUAUGAUGAAACAACUACUACUCAACAAGAAGCAUGCUCAACCAAGCACAGCCCCAACAGCAACAUCAAUAAGCAGUACUACUCGACCACACUCACCCUCCGGUCAGCAUUUCACUUCGUCGUCACAAUCAUCUGGGGAAUCAGGCCAACAACAUCUUCAUAUCCAUCACACCCGAACGUCAAGCAUUCCACUUUCUGGUCUGGAUUUACAAAGCUCUGUUCCAAAUCUUACCCAACCAUCAAACACAACCAGUCAUGCUUCACAUACCUCUAUUUCUCUUUCACGAUCUGCUACUCUCAGCGGUAUCAGUAGAAUUGGAAAAACCAACUCGAAUGAUAAUAUUCAUGGGUCAUCCUUGGCUGUACAGCAAGAUCAUGGUUUGGAUCAUCAUGCACAAGCAUUGUCACCGCAGCAACAUGUCGAUUCGACAAGCGGUCAUAACAAUCAUCAUCCCUUUAAAUACACCUUUCAGAGGUAUUUAUUGGAUCAGCAUUGUCCGCUUAUAAGUGAAAAAUCCACCUAUUCUUCUUCAAGUGUGAUUGAGGAUGAAGAUGAUUAA